AUGAACGACCGGAGCUAUGCUGCCAAGGUGCGACAGGCUGCGCGAAACGAGCGGAUCCGUGAGAUCCAGAGAGACAAAGUCAUUGUUGAAGAAUCAGAAUGGGAGAGACGACAUGAUAGGCAUAAUUUCCUACUAGAGUACCCGGAGGACGGGCCGAGCUCAAGCCCGCGAAGGCGAGCUUCUAAGACAGAGGAGGAACUAGCUCGUGAGAGAGAGAUCGAACGUCAGCGGAAACGAGACGAGAGGGAGCGCGAGCGAGACAGACGGAACAACUCGCGAGGGAGGACCGUGGCUCUCCAGCAGAUGGACCUGUAUUGGUUCUGUCAAGUCGACGUCUACCAAGGAUUCUGGGCAACGCCGUGGGAGUCCAACACGCCUCAUCUAACAUCACUCGUCGGAUCCGUCACGGUAAUUCUGGAAGCGCUGCUAGGGUUCCUAGAAGAGAACGCGAGCCUCGUCUACUGCAACCCCAGGCACUUCGAGAUGACCCGUGAAUGGAUCUCGCGCGGUAACAUUUCAUAUCCGGCCUACGCGCAUAACGCCCGCGGAGGCGUUAUUUCACAAGGUCUCUACAAGGGAGUGCAUGUGUCAGCCUUCCAGACACCUAUUCCCGCACUCGAGCUGCUCAUUUCGUACGAUUGGCAGGUAUCGAUGGAUCUGCACAACCAAGAGACCUACUGCGAGAGCCUGAACGUCGAGCUCAUGCGGAUCGACUCCUGGUUAUCAUAUGUCGGUCGUACUUAUGAAAUCUCACACGGGCCUAAACAAUUGCUCAAGGAGGCGCCGGGGUACGUACAACUUCUCCGUGAGGAGUUUGAGCUCGAUUUCAUGAACAUCGACCUCUCGGCCAAGGAGGGCGGCUACCAAGACAUCAAGGGCCUGACCGAGAACGUUAUGGAUUUCCUCACGGAUGAGGAGCUGAACGAGGCGGAGCAGCUGUACAUCCUCGUCGCCCUGCUCCGCGCCACGAAAGUGUGUCAGUUUGUCCAGGCCGGAUCAAACACGACGGAGAUGCACGAGAUUCUUCUUAAGGACGUCCAAAUACAUCUCGUGUAG